AUGAUCUUUUCAAAGACUGUCGCAACCCUCGCCACUCUGGGAUCGAUGAUGGCCCUCGCCCAGGCCGACAUGCUGUCGCUCUCCAACCCAACCAGCGGCACCACCUGGAAGGUCGGCGACACAGUGUUCUUGCAGUGGAAGGGCAACUGUGCUUCGAUGGGCAGCCCCGCCGCCAAGACAGUCGACGUGAACCUGAUGUCAGGACCCUCAACCGCGCUGCGUUUUGUCGCCAAGCUGGCCUCGAUCGACUGCUCCAACACCAACACCCGCAAGGAGUUCACUAUUCCCGCAGAUCUGGCCAAGCUUGUGAAAGAGGACGACGAUUACUCGCUCCAGGUCCAGACAGAGCCCCAACCCUCGUACUCGCCUACGUUCAAGAUUACGACUGGUGAUGGAUCUGUUGCUGUUGGUGCUGACGCCAAUGGAGGAGAGACGGUUGCGGCAGGAGCUGACCCUGCUUCGCACACGAGCGGUGCUGCGGGCGCUGCCUCGCCUAUCAAGAACGGAGGCUCGAUGGCUACUGGUGCUGCAGUUGCACUUGCUGCCGCUCAACACCCGAGAUCGUCUUUUGUCUGCCGUGCCCACGUCAAGCCCUGUCUGCCUCCUAAUCUCGUCUGGAUUGCGCAUCACAGUUCGCGGUUUCUGGUCAACUCAACAAAACACCACCCAUCCAGAACCUCCGUCAACAUGGCCGAUAAAGUAGCCAAGGACCAGCAAUACCAGUAUGCGCUCAACUCCAACUUGGUGCUCCACUCAAAUCGGUCCGACAACCCACGCAGAGGAAAUGAACCCACAGGAGAGGCCGAGUCCCUGUACGGUCGCAUUGACCCCAAGGAGUUUGGUAGCAGAGCAAUGAGAGACACAGCCAAGGUCGACGAGGCUAAAAAGAAAAAGUCCGAGCCUACCGAGAAGGACUUGGAGAGGCGCAAGAAGCGAGCAGAAGACAAGGCCCUCCGGAGCGCCUAUGGCUACUCUUCCGUCUUGGCGGCUACAGAGGAUCGCGAGAGCGGUGGAUACAGACCCAGGACGAGGGAAACACGACAGACCUACGAGCUGAUCCUGACAUUUGUCCAGCGUUAUCUCGGAGACGUCGCACAUGAUAUCGUCCGGAGUGCUGGUGACAUUGUCCUGGAGAUCCUUCAUACCGACACCCUCAAGGAUUUCGACAAGAAGAAGGGCGUCGAGGACGUUCUGGGUCCCGUCGACUCGGAUCAGUUUUCGGUCCUUCUCAACCUCGGCAAAAAGAUCACUGACUAUGCACCGGGCACCGAGGAGACGAGCGCCGUUGGCCAGGACGGAGAGGUCAAGAACGUUGGCGAUAUCGACGAACAAUACGGAGUCGCUGUUGUCUUUGACGAGGAGGAGGAGGAUGAGGACAUCUACUCCCUUCACUCUGAGUCUGAACACGAGGACGAGGACGCUGGUCUGGAUACUGCUCAGGAUGUGGUCGUUGGCGGCGCAGGAAAGGCCAAUCAGGAGGAAGAGGAAGCUAUGGAAGUCGACGAGGAUGUUGCUGUCCGCGUUGGAGCAACAGAGGGCAAGGUCGACACAUCAAAGAAGCUGCAGCCUCACCAGGUCGACGCCUACUGGUUGCAGCGUUUCAUCGCCACAUUCUACAAGGACGAGAUUGUUGCUCAGGAAAAGACCGAUGCCGCGAUGGAGAUCAUUGCCUCCGAGACAAUCAACAUGCGCGACUGCGAGAACGAGUUGAUGGCUUUGUUCGACUAUGACAAGUUCGAGCUCGUUAGCAUGCUCACCAGGAACCGCGAGGUCAUCGUCUGGUGCACACGCCUCGGAAAGGCCAGCGAGCAGGAGCGUACAGAGAUCGAGGGCAUGAUGAGAGAUAUCGGACUGGACUGGAUCAUCAAGGGCUUGGGCCAUCAGACCGGCAAGAAGUCCGACUUGCGUCGCCGUGGCGCAGGACAGGCUCCUACUGCUGCUGGGCCUACCGCCGUUUUGCCCAAGGAGAAGGGACCCGCCCCUACCACCUCUGCCCCUCGUCAGCUGAUCGACUUGGAUUCUAUGGCCUUUGCUCAGGGCUCGCAUUUGAUGUCCAACAAGAGCGUGCAUGUUCCCGAAGGAUCCUUCCGUCGCCAGAAGAAGGGAUACGAGGAAGUUCACGUCCCACAGCCCAAGAAGCCCACAACCGACCGUCCCCUCAAGGGCAAGGACGAGCUUCCAGUAUGGAUCCAGGAUUGCUUCCCCCAUGGAUUGAACCAGAUCCAGACUGCCGUCUACGAUGUCGCCUAUGGCUCUGAAGAGAACAUGUUGCUGUGUGCCCCCACUGGAGCUGGUAAAACCAACUGUGCCAUGCUCACAGUCUUGAACGAGAUCGAGAAGCAUCGCGACCCAGACACUGGAGUGAUUGACAAGGACAACUUCAAGGUCGUCUACAUUGCCCCCAUGAAGGCCUUGGUCCAGGAAAUGGUCGAGAACUUUGGCAAGCGUCUGGCGCCCUUUGGACUCUCGGUUCAGGAGUUGACAGGUGAUCGCCAGAUGAACAAGCAGCAGAUCGCCGAGACCCAGAUGAUCGUCACCACCCCCGAAAAGUGGGACAUUAUUACCCGCAAGGCCACCGACAGGAGCUACACCAACUUGGUCCGCCUCAUCAUCAUCGAUGAGAUUCAUUUGCUGCACGACGACCGUGGUCCCGUUCUGGAGUCGAUUGUCGCCCGUACUUUGCGCCACAUGGAGCAGUCUCAGGAGUUGAUCCGUUUGGUUGGUCUUUCCGCUACGCUUCCCAACUAUGUCGACGUCGCCACUUUCCUGCGUGUCGACACCAACCGCGGAAUGUUCCACUUUGACAGCACCUGGAGACCUUGCCCCUUGAAGCAAGAGUUCAUCGGUAUCACGGAGAAGAAGGCCAUCAAGCGUUUCCAGGUCAUGAACGAGGUCACCUACGAAAAAGUUAUGGAGCACGUCGUCCAACCCGAGGGCGACCAGGUCCUGAUCUUUGUCCACUCUCGCAAGGAGACCGCUAAGACCGCCCAGGCCAUUCGCGACAUGGCUUUGGAGAAGGAUACGAUCGCCCAUUUCGCCAGACCCGACGGUGGUGCCCGAGAGAUUCUGUUGUCGGAAGCUGAGCAAGCGUCCGACCCAGCCUUGAAGGACAUCCUCCCUUACGGUUUUGCUACCCAUCACGCCGGUAUGACCCGCCCUGAUCGUGAGGCCGUCGAGGAACUUUUCAUGGCUGGCCACAUCAAGGUUCUUGUCUCGACCGCCACCUUGGCUUGGGGAGUCAACUUGCCCGCUCACACUGUCAUCAUAAAGGGAACUCAGGUCUACUCGCCCGAGAAGGGUCGCUGGGCCGAGCUGUCUCCUCAGGAUGUCCUCCAGAUGUUGGGACGUGCCGGUCGUCCCCAGUUCGACGAAUUUGGUGAGGGUAUUAUUAUCACCAACCACUCUGAGCUUCAGUACUACUUGUCAUUGAUGAACCAGCAGCUUCCCAUCGAGUCCCAGUUCGUCACCAAGCUUGCCGACAACCUGAACGCUGAAAUCGUCCUCGGAACCAUCAAGAAUCGCGACGAGGCCGUCCAGUGGCUUGGAUACACCUACCUCUAUGUCCGCAUGCUCCGCAACCCAUCCCUGUAUGGCGUUUCUCCCGACGACCUCGACGAUGACCCUUACCUGCAAAAGAAGCGCGUCGACAUUAUUCACUCUGCGGCAACUAUUCUGGACAAGUGCAACAUGAUCAAGUACGACAAGCGCACAGGAAAGUUCCAGGGCACUGAGCUCGGACGCAUUGCCUCGCACUACUACAUAUCGCACAACUCCAUGGCCACUUACAACCAGCACUUGAAGCCCAUGAUGUCGCACAUUGAGCUCUUCCGCGUCUUCUCGCUCAGUGACGAGUUCAAGUAUAUCCCGGUCCGUGAGGAGGAGAAGGCUGAGCUACAGAAGUGGCUCGAGCAGGUCCCCGUCCCUGUCAAGGAGAGCAUCGAGGAGCCCACCGCCAAGAUCAACGUCCUGUUGCAAUCGUACAUUUCGCAGCUCAAGCUGGAGGGAUUCGCCUUGGUCAGCGACAUGGUUUAUGUCACCCAGAGCAGCGGUCGUAUCCUGCGCGCUAUCUUUGAGAUUUGUCUCCGUCGCGGAUGGGCACAGCUCACACGCAAGGCAUUGGAUCUCUGCAAGAUGGUGGAGAAGCGUCAGUGGCUCUCAAUGACCCCCCUGCGUCAGUUCAAGGGAAUCAACCCAGAGCUGAUCAAGAAGAUUGAGCGCAAGGAGUUUGAGUGGGUCCGCUACUUUGACCUCUCCUCCCAGGAGAUUGGCGAGCUCGUCGGUGUCCCCAAGGCCGGCAAGCUUCUCGAGCGCUACGUCCACGAGUUCCCCAAGCUGGAUCUCCAGUCCCACGUCCAGCCCCUGACCCGCUCGAUCCUCAAGGUUGAGCUCACGAUCACGCCCGACUUCAAGUGGGACGAGAAGGUGCACGGAACAGCUGAGGCAUUUUGGAUUUUGGUCGAGGAUGUCGACGGCGAGAUGAUCUUACAUCAGGAGUCCUUCAUUUUGAAGCAGCAGUACGCCGAGGAAGAGCACCUGAUGACCUUCACCGUCCCUCUGUUCGACCCUCUCCCUCCCAACUACUUUGUCAGCAUCGUUUCCGACCGCUGGCUUCACUCGGAGACCCGUUUUCCCAUCUCGUUCAAGCAUUUGAUCUUGCCCGAGAAGUACCCUCCCCACACCGAACUCUUGGACCUCCAGUCUCUUCCCGUCACCGCCCUGCGUAACCGUGAGUUUGAGGAGAUCUUUUCCCAGACCCUCAGCAAGUUCAACCCCAUCCAGACCCAGACCUUCAACACCCUCUACACCCUCGACGACAACGUCUUUGUGGGUGCCCCCACCGGAUCUGGCAAGACCAUUUGCGCCGAGUUUGCCAUGAUGCGUCAGUGGAACAAGAAGCCUGUCAAGGGAGUCAGGGGUCGCAUCGUCUACAUUGCACCCCACCAGGAGGUUGUCGAUGUACGUCGUCAGGAGUGGCACGCCAAGUUUGGAGACGUUCAGGGAGGCAAGACGAUUUUGUCAUUGACUGGAGAGACCAGCGCAGAUUUGAAGAUUCUCGAGCGCGGCGAUGUUAUCUUGGCUACCCCUGGUCAAUGGGACGUGAUCUCUCGUCGUUGGAAGCAGCGCAAGAACGUUCAGACUGUCCAGCUCUUUAUUGCCGACGAGUUGCACAUGAUCGGAGGAGAUAUUGGCCCUACCUACGAGGUCAUCGUUUCCAGGAUGCGUUACAUCGCCUCGCAAGUCGAGAGCAAGAUCCGCAUUGUCGCUUUGAGCACAUCGCUGGCCAACGCUCGCGACCUCGGCGAGUGGAUCGGAGCCACCAGCCACUCUGUGUUCAACUUCCACCCCAUGGUCCGCCCUCUUCCUUUGGAUGUCCAUAUCCAGAGCUACACCAUCCCUCACUUUGCCUCCUGGAUGAUCGCCAUGGCCAAGCCUACCUAUACCGCCAUUACUACACAUUCGCCCGAGAAACCUGUCAUUGUGUUUGUGCCCUCAAGGAAGCAGUGCCGCCUCACUGUCACGGAGCUGUUGACCCUCUGUGCUGCAGAUGACACACCUAAGCGCUUCCUUCACUGCGAGGAGGAUGUUUUGAAACCACAUCUGGAGCACGUUCAGGAUUCGGCUUUGGCGUCUGCACUGGAGCACGGAAUCGGAUUCUUCCAUGAGGCUCUGAGCAAGGGUGACAAACGCGUGGUGGAGAAGCUGUUCGAGUCGGGUGCUAUCCAGGUCGUUGUUGCUUCAAGAGACACAUGCUGGGGCAUUCCUUUGAGCUCGUACAUGGUUGUUGUUAUGGGAACUCAGUAUUAUGACGGCAAGGACCAUCGCUAUGCCGACUACCCUACCACGGACGUUCUCCAGAUGAUGGGCCGUGCCUGCCGCCCUCAGGAUGACGAGUCGAGCCGCUGUGUCCUCAUGUGCCAGUCCAACAGGAAGGAGUUUUACAAGAAGUUCUUGUUCGAGGCCUUGCCCGUGGAGUCGCACUUGGAUCACUUCUUGCACGACCACUUCAACGCCGAGAUUGUGACCAAGACGAUCGAGAACAAGCAGGAUGCCGUCGACUAUCUCACAUGGACCUUCCUUUACAGACGUAUGGCCCAGAACCCCAACUACUACAACCUCCAGGGCGUGACACAUCGUCAUUUGUCGGACCACUUGUCGGAGCUGGUGGAGACGACGAUCAAUGAUUUGGUCACCUCCAAGUGCAUUGCGAUCGAGGACGAGAUGGACGUGUCGCCGCUGAACCUGGGUAUGAUUGCCGCCUACUACAACAUCAACUUUUCAACGGUCGAAUUAUUCAGCUCCAGUUUGACACCCACGACCAAGCUAAAGGGACUGUUGGAGAUCAUUUCGACUGCCGCCGAGUACGAGUCGAUCCCUAUCCGCCACCACGAGGACCAGGUCUUGAAGCGCGUAUAUGAGCGUCUCCCCGUCAAGUUGAGCAACGUCAAGUUCAACAGCCCGCACCACAAGGCCAACAUUUUGUUGCAGGCACACUUCUCCCGUACCCAGUUGCCUGCAGAUCUGGCUUCGGACCAGGCGUUGGUUGUAGGCCAGGUGAUUCCUCUGUUGCAGGCUUGCGUGGAUGUCAUUUCGUCGAACGGAUGGUUGCCACCCGCAUUGGCGGCUAUGGAGUUGGCGCAGAUGAGCGUACAGGCGAUGUGGGAUCGGGAUUCGCCCCUGAAGCAGAUCCCUUACAUGACCAACGAGCGUGUUAAACGUUGUGAGGCCAAGGGAGUCGAGUCAGUGUUUGAUAUCCAGGAUCUGGAGGAUAAGGAUCGUGACGCUGCUCUUCAGGUGGAUGAGCGCCAGAUGCGUGCUAUUGCAGCAUUCGUCAACCGGUACCCCAGCGUUGAGGUGGAGUAUGGCAUUGAGGACGAGAACGAUAUCAAGGCUGGCCAGCCUGUUGUGAUUGAGGUUCAACUGGAGCGUGAUGGCGAUGAGGAUGAUGGCGAGUUGAGCAGCGUACCGGCACCGUUCUUCCCCGGAAAGAAGGACGAGGGUUGGUGGAUUGUUGUCGGUGAUCCCUCGACCAAGACACUGUUGGCGAUCAAGAGGAUUACGCUGCAGCGCAAGCUGAGGGUGAAGCUGGAGUUUGUGUGCCCCCGUGCGGGUAACCAGACCUACAAGCUGUACACGAUGUGCGACAGUUUCCUUGGAUGCGAUCAGGAGUUUGAUCUUGAGCUGGAGGUUGGUGAGGCUGAGGAGGACAGCGACGAGGAGGACGAGGAGGACUCUGAUGUCGAGAUGCAGGAGUAG